GACGUGGUCCUAGUAUCGCGCCACUUUGUCAUCCAAUCCACGAAUCGCAUAUUGCGUUCCUUCCACAUCGUGCCGCUUUGCCAUCACUUUAGUACAUAUUGUAGACUCUACCUACAAUAUACAUGGACAUUUCGCAGUUACUGCAUCACGAUACCGCGCCGGUUCAAAGUUAAACAUUACGGUAUAAAAUAUCACACGUGAACCUCUAAUGUUAAACAAUCAAUAAUUCUGUAUGUAUAAAUAUCAAUUCAAUGGUGAUUAAUGUUACAUUUGCGAGUUAAUUAACGAACAUAUAAGUAUUGUAAGUUGUGUCGAUUUUGUGAUUUUAAAAUAUUUUAAAUUAAUUUUGGACCUUGGCGCAAAAUCUUCGAACAGUUUAAAGGAUUUUUAAAAUGGCUCCGAAUUCGUCAGAUGCGAAUGGAGUGCUUUUUGAAAGUGAUGCAGCCACUCCAGAUAUGGCACUUCCAAAUACUCCAGUAAUGAAAGCUGAUAACUAUCCAAAAAAAUUUGUUUGGAGAAACAUUAUAGCAUUUGCAUAUCUACACAUUGCAGCAAUUUAUGGUGGUUAUUUAUUUUUGUUUUCGGCUAAAUGGCAAACAGAUAUAUUUGCCUACAUAUUGUAUGUUAUGUCUGGACUGGGAAUAACAGCUGGUGCACAUAGACUAUGGGCUCAUAAGUCAUAUAAAGCAAAGUGGCCACUGCGUCUCAUCCUUGUUAUCUUCAACACUUUGGCAUUUCAGGACUCUGCAAUAGAUUGGGCAAGGGACCAUCGCAUGCAUCACAAAUAUUCAGAGACAGAUGCAGACCCUCAUAAUGCUACCCGUGGCUUCUUCUUUUCACACAUUGGCUGGCUUUUAGUUCGUAAACAUCCUGAACUCAAGAAGAAAGGGAAAGGCCUAGAUCUUAGUGACCUUUAUGCUGACCCCAUCCUUCGUUUCCAAAAGAAGUACUACAUGAUUUUGAUGCCAAUCGCCUGCUUCGUCCUUCCGACUGUGAUUCCAGUCUACGGCUGGGGUGAGACUUGGUUGAACGCUUAUUUUGUAGCCGCGAUGUUCCGUUACGCUUUCAUUCUCAAUGUCACGUGGCUGGUCAACUCAGCUGCCCACAAAUGGGGUGACAAGCCAUACGACAAGAGCAUUCAGCCGUCAGAGAAUAUAUCAGUCGCGAUUUUCGCACUCGGUGAAGGAUUCCAUAACUACCACCACACUUUCCCGUGGGAUUACAAAACUGCUGAAUUAGGGAAUAACAGAAUCAACUUUACAACGACUUUUAUUAACUUUUUCGCGAAAUUCGGUUGGGCGUAUGAUCUGAAAACUGUUUCUGAUGAAAUAGUCCAAAGUCGGGUGAAACGUACGGGUGAUGGUACUCACCCAUUGUGGGGGUGGGGUGAUAAAGACCACUCCAAAGAAGAAAUGGACGCGGCCAUCAGAAUCAACCCUAAAGAUGAAUAAAAUGCACACGAUAUACGAGAAUCGCAAUCCUGUUCUACAAAGGGAACAUGAGAUAAUGUUACCCUUUUUAUUUUAAUAAUUUAUGUCUAUGAUAGCGAUAAAGCUUCCACUAUUUAGGUUAUAAGUGUAUUUCGAAUAUUUUUCGCUUGUAUGAGCUCAAAUGGGCACAAUCUCUUUAGUUUUUGUUGUGACGAAUAUUUUUUUUUGGUCAAAUCUAAAAGAUAGAUCUAAAUUUUAGUUUUAGCUAUUCGCACUGAAUUGUGAGACUGUGAACGAAAUAGUUUUUAAGUUUGCAUAUUUGUUUACUGCGUAUACUAUGAAAUAGUUGAGAAUCGUAAAUUAAAUAUUAUUAACAUUUUUUAUUUAAAUAUUUUCGAGCCCCAUAGUAUGAUUUCCUUCACGUUAAUCGGCAAGUCUUUACAUUUUCGUAAUUUAUCCAAAUCUUGCCUACACAUUUAUUUGCAUUGAAAUUUAUGUUACGCAGUAUAAACACAUCAGUAUUACGCACUAGAUACACAAUCACUAGUUUGUAUGUUUUGCAUUUUCGGUUUGAAAACCCGCACAUUAUUUAUUGAAAUGGUUCGUUGCAAGGUUAAGGACUGUCUACAGGAGUAUGGUAUAAUGUCGACGAAUGUUGCCAUAUAUUUAACGUAACUUGUUGCUCGCUAUGAAGGAUGUACAGUCACCAAGCAUCUUGGGAUAUGAAUCGUAAAACGUAUUUAACCAAAAAGGUGUUAACUUUAUUUUGAAUUUUCUUAUGGUAACAUUUAAGCUUCUUCCUAAGUCUAAAUAUUGUGGCGUAUCUGAAAUAUAACUUAGUCUAUAAAGAAUAUGUUUUCUGCAACUUCAUAGCGAACUCCAAGCGGAUGACGUCACGAAGUACCAAGUUUGACGUAGGACUGAUGUGUGGAAAUGAUUGUGAUAUUUAGAAUAUAGAUGAUCGGAAAAUAAAACCAAUGCGAUCUUAAAUUAUUUAUUGAAAGCUUAAACGGCGUUCCCAAUGUAUCGUUUGCACUCAGUGUUGAUUAAUUUACUAAUAUGCUGGACAUAAUGUAGUAAUAUAACAGUGCUAGCGAA